CAAAUACACACUCGACAGGUCAUGUGAUUGUCCAAAAUGGCGGACAUGUUAUAUUUGUUUUUGUUUUGUCUGUUUUUCGCCGCUGUAUGCAAUGGCAGAGAGCACUCAGCUCCCUCAGUGGCAUACGUAUCGUACGACAUAAACAGACACGAUUACACAAUUGUCGACAGCACGGAACCGGGCAACUUUGUUGCGAAAGGAGUUUUCCGCAAUGAAGUGAACACCACUGGGUGGUCCCUGUUAGAAGUCUCAACAUCAGAAAGUUACAGCGAUGACGUGCAGGCCUACGCAGCAGGGUUGGUGGAGGGAUAUCUUACAGCAGACUUCAUUAAGAUGCAAUGGUAUAACACCAUAGAGGGCUACUGUGACAAACCAUAUACGGCCUACUGUACACGUCUUCAGGCCUACCUCCAACAAAACCUCGACUGGAUGAAUAGGAUGAUCAGUAAAUCCAAAGCAGACCCUUACUGGAAUCAGGUGAAACUGUAUCUGUUACAAGUGAGCGGAGUUUCCAGCGGCUAUUUCUACCCCCAGGUACAUGUGAUAGGACAACCUACAACUAAGCUCGACCCUAUGGGCAUGUAUUUUAUGCAGAUCAGUGGUGACUUGGAGGACCUAGAGGGGGCACUCCACAAACCCACCAAGUCUCACGUACUUGGAUCAGGCUCUUGCUCUGCACUUGUCAAAUUACUUCCUGGUGCCAAGGACUUGUUUGUGAGCCACGACACCUGGAGCAGUUACAUGAGCAUGUUGAGGGUUCUCAAGAAAUAUGACCUCCCUUUCCACGACUCCCAAGGAAAGAUUGUACCUGCCCAGACGAUGAGUUUUUCUUCCUACCCAGGGUCAGUGAUGUCUGGGGAUGAUUACUACCUCCUCAGUUCUGGACUAGUAAGUAUGGAGACAACAAUUGGAAACUCAAAUGACACCCUGUGGUCCUACAUCCAUCCCACAGAGAGUGUUCCUGAGGGCAUCAGGUCAAUGGUAGCCAACCGGAUAGCUAGGACAGGCAAGGAAUGGGUGGAUGCCUUCGCACACUUCAACAGUGGCACGUAUAACAAUGAGUGGAUGGUUGUGGACUACAAACAAUUUGUUCCAGGGAGGACAGAUCUGACAGGAGUCUUGUAUGUUCUGGAACAAAUUCCGGGAUUGAUUGAGUACGAGGACCUGACUCCGCUGCUAAUGAAACAAACUUACUGGCCGAGCUACAAUGUACCGUACUUUGACAAAGUGUUCAAUAUGAGUGGAAUGCCUGACAUGGUGGAGAAGUAUGGCGACUGGUUCACCUGGGACAAGACUCCACGAGCUCUCAUCUUCGGUCGCGAUCAUCACAGGGUGGUGGAUCUCGACUCCAUGAUCAAACUCAUGAGAUACAAUGACUUUACCCACGAUCCUCUGUCCAGAUGUAAUUGCACACCCCCUUACAGUGCUGAGAAUGCAAUAUCUGCACGAUGUGACCUGAAUCCUGCAAGUGGCAGUUAUCCAAUCAGUGCUCUAGGUCAUAGGUCACAUGGAGGCACUGACAUGAAGGUGACCAGUGCUGGACUGUUCCAAGCUCACACCUUUGUAACGGUCAGUGGACCAACCUCUGACCAGCAGCCACCCUUCCAGUGGAGUACGGCAGACUUUGCUGAUGAAUGCCCUCAUGCUGGCCACCCUGACAUCUUCAACUUUGACCCCAUCCAGUUUGACGGAACAGUCAACUACAAGCCUUAUCCUUUAUACAAACCUGAACAUAAAGGAAUACACUAGUCACAAAAUCUGUGUCAACCAAAAGUGCCAUUCCAAAUAAAAUUGUCUUGAUUCCUUCACAAUUCACUAACAAGUUCAGUAUAAAGUAGAUGAACACUGCAAAGACCAAGCAAACUAAACUGUUAAAUAAUCAUAGAGCUAUGAGCUUUAUCAUUACUAUUUAUAUAUUGAUGUGUUUGGUGUUGAUGUGUUUGAUGUUGAUGUAUUUGGUGUUGAUGUAUUUGAUGGAGACCUUGGACAAAAACUGUUCUAUCUACUAUCUACAUACUACAACACAAGGACAAUGGUGUCUUGUUCCAGUUUUCUAAAUUAAUACAACAAGAGGCCCAGAAGAAGUUGUUUAAAGUUUUUAACAUAUUUGACCCCUGUGACCUUGAAAAUAGG